AUGGCCGACCAGACUUUCAAGCUCAACACAGGCGCCAGCAUUCCCGCCAUUGGCCUCGGCACCUGGCAGGGUGAGGCCGGCAAGGUCAAGGCGGCCGUCUCCUUUGCUGUCCAGAACGGCUACAAGCUCGUUGACUGCGCUUACUGCUACGCCAACGAGGACGAGGUUGGCGAGGGCCUCAAGGACGCCUUCGCCGCCGGCGUCAAGCGUGAGGACAUUUUCGUCACCUCCAAGCUUUGGGGAACCUACCAGACCAGCGAUGCCCGCGUUGAGGAGGCUCUCGACAAGAGCUUGAAGAGCCUUGGCCUCGAGUACCUCGACCUCUACCUCAUUCACUGGCCCGUGGCCAUGAACCCCGAGGGCAACCACGACAGGUUCCCCACCCUCCCUGACGGCUCGCGCGACCUCAUUCGCGACCACAAGCACACCGACACGUGGAAGUCGAUGGAGAAGCUCCUCGACACUGGCAAGGUCAAGGCCAUUGGUGUCUGCAAUUACAGCAAGCGCUACCUCGAGGAGCUCCUCCCCGUGGCCAAGGUCGUCCCCGCCGUCAACCAGAUCGAGAACCACCCCAGCCUGCCCCAGGACGAGAUCGUCAGCCUCUGCAAGGAGAAGGGCAUCCAUAUCAUGUCUUACAGCCCCUUCGGCAGCACAGGCGGCCCCCUCAUGAGCGCCCCCGUCAUCGUCAAGAUUGCUGAGAAGCACGGCGUCUCCCCCGGCACCGUCCUGCUGAGCUACAACACCUCCCGCGGCAGCACCGUCCUCCCCAAGUCGACCUCGACCGACCGCAUCAAGGCCAACCUCCAGACCAUCAAGCUCGACGACGAGGACCUCAAGUCCCUCAACGACUACUCCGCCGACCUCGCCGCCAAGAACGAGUUCAAGCGCUACGUCUACCCUCCCUUCGGCAUCGACUUUGGCUUCCCCGACAAGUCGUAG